UAGGCUGUGACUCGUUCGCUCGAUGAUGUCGCGAUAACUCCCCCGUCCUGAUGCUGAAAUGUAGAAUUAAAAAAUUCGGAUCGUCAGCCGGACGAUGAUGAUAAAUCCGCCUGAUCCGAACCAGAAAAUCUGAGGUAACGGUGGUUUUCUUUACGAGUGAGACUCGAUUAGUUUUCCUGUAACAUCAAGAAGCUGUUAAAAGUGUUUUUAUUAGACUCAGUUCAGUCAGUUUUAUCUCUGCUAAAUAAAGUGAACAAUAAAGCUCAAAUGAACUGAUUUAUGCUUUGAAUUAUUAGGGUUAAAUCAGCAGAGGUUGGUGUUCAGUCGGGGAAUGUUGACGGAUUGAACUCUUCCCGAAGUGUCGGUCUCGGUUUUGCGCAUGCGUGAGAAGGUGCCAUGAAGGUAAAGGUGAUCUCCAUCCUGAAGGACAACUACAUGUACCUGGUGAUCGAGGAGCAGAGUAAGAAGGCUGUGGCUGUGGACCCUGCGGUUCCUCACCGGGUGAGACUCUCCUGUGUGGUCCGAGGAGUACUCAGAUUCUGGUCUCUGUAGAGCAGGGGUGUCAAACUCAACAACAGAGAGGGCCAACAUCUGGAUUUAGGUCUAACCUGGGGGCCAAACAGGGUCAACAUUUCACCAAAAACUGUCACCCUGCUUUUAAUAAAAUCGGCAAAACAAAAAAAAACAAUGAUUAGAAGUCAUUUUGAAAUUCAAAAAAGAUAGAAAGAUAAGUUUAAAGGCAAUCUAAGAUAGAAAACUUUUUUAUAUAUAUUUUAUUUUAUUUUUAUUAUAUUAUAUUAUUAUUAUAUUAUUAUUAUAUUAUAUUAGUUCAAAAGAUCAGAGCGUGAUAUUAAAAAUAGAAAAAUAAUGCUUUUGAAGAGCAAAUACACGAGGAGAACGUUGAAAUCAGGUAUAAAAGGUCAAAAUAUGACGUAAAAUUGAAAACUGGAAUCUAAAGUAUAAAAAUGACACAAGUCUAAAUACUGAGUUAAACAAAAUCAAAGCAUGAAAUAAAAAAAUCCAAUCAUGUUUGACUCGGAAUCUUGAAAUGAAAAAUUUAAAACAUGAAAUAAAACACCAAAUAUCUACAUAUCAAAGUAUUUGAAUGGAUGUUUUUCUUACAGCUGCUAGAAAUCGUUAAGAGAGAGGGCCUGUCUCUGACCGCCAUCCUCACCACACAUCAUCACUGGUGAGACUCUUUGGCACAGCCUCAUAUAAUAUCACAACAAACUGCUCACACAGUAAUAAACCAGCUCUGGUUUUGAUUGAUCAGGGACCACGCUCGAGGGAACGAGGCUCUGCUGAAGGAGCUUCCUGAGCUGAAGGUGUACGGGGGAGAUGAUCGGAUCGGGGGUCUGACGGAUAAGGUCUCUAACGACCAGGAGCUGAAGGUGAAAAUCAAACAUUUGUGGGUUUUACCCGAGCUGUCCUCCACUUGUUACUCGAAUAUAGCGUCUUCAUGUUCUCUUGAUGUUUCAGUUCAACUCCAUCAAUGUGAGGUGCCUGUUUACUCCCUGUCAUACCUCGGGUCAUAUGUGCUACUUUGUGUGGGAGGAUGAGUGCGCUGACGCCCCUGCUGUUUUCACAGGUAUUUAUCUUUAACAGGUGCAUUCCCACAAAUCAUUCAACAUGUUUUGUGCCCUUAACUUUGGUUUAUAUAGAGGCUUAUCGAGGGACACGUUGUUCCAUUGUUGUUGCUGUGGCAGCAGCAGAGACUGACUGACGACUGUGUGCUUUUGUCUUGUCUUGCGGUCAUCAGGGGACACAUUGUUCAUCGGUGGAUGCGGACGGUUUCUGGAGGGUACAGCCGAACAGAUGUACCACAAUCUCACCCAGGUUCUCGGCACCCUACCUCAAGACACGGUCAGUGGGAAUCACAGAUAUUUGUAGCGGUUCUGUGCUUUUCCCCCAACAGGGUGAAGGACCGCUAACAUGACCUCAGAUAAGAGCUGGGACCGGGCUGAGUCACCCUGAUGAGUAAACACACGUACAAAGAAGGGAUUGAUUGUGGCCUGGCUUCUCUUUCUUUUUCCACCAUAAAGAGAAACGUCUCAUAAAGCCCAGAGUUUCCACAUAUUUAAAGGGAUAUUCUGGCAUAAAAUUAAUUUAGGGUCAAACUCACCAUAACACAGAGUUAGACACCCCGUCGAGAGAUGAAUGUUGCCCACCGCUAGUACUCUGGCUAGGACCCUAUAUGUCCUGUUGAUGAAGUUAGGUGCUGUUCUGAGCAUUAUUUGUAGCUAUAGAGUGGCGUUUUGGUUGAGGUUUGUUUAUGGCUCCUCAGACCGCUGUUUAUUGCUAUUGUGUGGUCGUUACUAAAGUUGGUAUAACUAGAGAAGCAAGCAGUCGGCAACAUUCAUCUUUCAAGGGGGUGUCUAACUCGGUGUUGCGGUGUGUUUGACCCUGAAUUAACUUUACGCCUUAAUAUCCCUUUAAAUGUUAAAGAUCUUUUGAAUGUGUUAAAUCAUGUUUUGAUGAUCUGCAGAAGAUCUUCUGUGGACACGAAUACACCAUAAAGAACCUGAAGUUCGCCAUGCUGGUGGAGCCGGAGAACGAAAAAGUUAAAGAGAUGCUGAGCUGGGCCAGGGUGAGCUACUCCAACAAAACUGAUCAGAAAAUCUUGCAGUAUCCUCAUCUUGAACUCCAUAUAUUUUCAAAUACCAAAGCAGCAGCUCCUCCUCCUGGAGUCCACACUCUAGUCCUUAAUUUUAGAUGCUUAUGACUAAUGUGUCUGUGUCUGCAGGCUAGAGACGAUGACGAUAAACCAACAGUGCCAUCUACCCUCAUGGAGGAGUUCGACUACAACCCUUUCCUUCGCCUCACGUGAGUUUGGGUAUUUCUUACUGCAAAAACUUCAUCCCUUUCUGUAGGAUUUUGUCCUUAAUUCUCCUUGUUGUCUCCUUCUCCUUCACUGCAGGGAGGAAGGAGUUCAAAAGUUCACAGGGAAGACAGACCCCAUCGAGGUGAUGAGGGUCCUGAGGAAGGAGAUGGAUACGUUUAAGAAGCCCAAGGAGAGAGUUCCUACGCACGCCAUGAUGGCGCUGGAGUGGGGCCUCCUCAGACCCUGAGAUCCAGUUUCAGGGCUCUGAAUAUCCAGACUCAACUGUGUGUAGUUGGGCGACUGAAAGCAGGGUUAUAGAAGACAGUGGAGGGAGGUGUUUGAUGCUUUAAAUCUGAUGUAAACCAUCAGGAGUCUGACGGGCGAGAGGUUAAAGUGAAGCUGCUCUCAUUGAAAUUCCUAUAAUUGAUUAAUGUGAAGGCUGAUCUUCAGUCUAAUAUGCAAAAUUUACCACCAGGUAAUGUCUGCUACUAAUUCCGACUUUAAGUGGGAAAAAAAAAACUGCUCUGAUUUUCUGUCUUUUCUAACAUUUGUUGUUUCGAGUUACAGAUUUAAGUGCAAAAAUUCAACGUCAUUUAUUUCCUUUCUGUAUCAAAAUACUACAUUAACUUUUCAUUCCUUUUUCUUUUCCUCAUAGAGACUUUUAUUUACUGUCUAGUGACCUUGUGAAUGAGCGUAUUUUACUUCAACUGUUCCGUUAAUUCACUCGUUUCUCGAACAAACUGCACCUGAUUGGUUAUUUCUCUCAUGCUAACCUUUGCAGUUUAACGCUUGACACUUGAUUUCUUAUCCCGCACAUUUAAAGAACUGUCUGUAAUUCAGACCGCACUUUGUGGAGAUGUUGCACUCAAAGUUUUAAACAAGAAAACAAAAACAAACAUGCAGUGUAUGUUACAUGAAUGUAAAAUGCUGCUUUUCCUCACAUGGCAAGAGCUUGUAAUUGUACAGAGAUUAUAAAUAAAACAUAUCAGUUUAAAUCACG